AGCCUAGUAUGGAGAGAACCGAGUAAAGAGAAUGUGGGAGAAACAUUCGUCUUACUAGUCCACGGAAUAUGCUGUGGAGCCUCAUCUGGAUUGUUUCUUGGCUCCGCAAGCCUGGCUACUGUCUGUAGCAGUUUGACAAAGAGUGACUGGUGAAUAUGAGCCUUGCUGGGACAGUAGCUGCUUGCAUUCGUCUUUGUUACAGACAGUGUUGCAACAUGCCUGAACACGUAAGUACACUAGAAAUGUUUUGUGUGUGCAGUGCGUAUGCGUGUUGCCACUGCUAGCAGAGUGGUAUCACUGUAGCGGGCAGCCUGGCUGAACGCAGGAUGACCCGUGUCCCCCGAGGCUUCAAACCACUACAUCAUCAUCAGUCCAUCCUCACAGUGGAACAGAUGAGGUUUCAGUCAUCAGGCACCGAGCAGGAACCAAGGUGCUGAUAUGUGCUGAAGAUGAGUGGCGUAGGAGACAACUCAUUGGAGCCACUGUGCUCUGACCGCAAACGUAAACUGUCUACAUGUGACACACCGGGCUUAGGGUGUGACAAACGUCGCAGGGAGCAGGAGAGUAAGUACAUUGAGGAGUUGGCUGAGCUCAUCUCUGCUAACCUCUCAAACAUCGACAGCUUCAACGUCAAGCCUGACAAAUGCGCCAUCCUCAAGGAGACCGUGAGACAGAUCCGCCAAAUUAAAGAGCAAGGAAAAAGCUCUUGCAGUGAUGAUGAUGUCCAGAAGGCAGAUGUGUCCUCCACUGGUCAAGGGGUCAUUGACAAAGACCAUCUGGGACCACUGCUCUUGCAGGCUUUGGAUGGUUUUCUGUUUGUGGUGAACCGAGAGGGCAGCAUUGUGUUUGUGUCGGACAAUGUGACCCAGUACCUGCAGUACAAACAGGAAGAGCUAAUAAACACUAGUGUUUACAACAUCAUCCACGAUGAGGACAAGGAGGUGUUUCACAAAAAUCUUCCCAAGUCCAAUGCACCAAAUGGAGCAUCAUGGGGAGCGGAGGCAUCUCGGCAGAAGAGCCACACAUUCACCUGCCGAAUGCUGGUGAACUUUGUCCAUGUUCAGAACCAUGGGUUGCCAGAAGAGAGGCCUGGUGGCCAGCGUUACGAGAGCAUGCAGUGCUUUGCCCUCACUCAGCCACGGGCCAUGAUGGAGGAGGGGGAAGAUUUACAGUCAUGUAUGAUCUGUGUGGCGCGACGCAUCACUGCAGUGGAGAGGACAGAGAGGUUUAGCACCCGCCAUGAGCUUUCUGGUAAACUGAUUGAAAUUGAACAGCAGAACACUCUUCACACAACUAUGCGCCCAGGCUGGGAGGACCUAGUGAGGCGUUGCAUGCAGAUGUUCCUCAAUCGCAGCGACGGCCAACCCUGGUCCUAUAAGCGCCACUAUCAAGAUGCUCUCAAUAGUGGCCACGCAGAAACCCCUCUCUAUCGCUUCUCACUCGCUGAUGGGACCUCAGUUACAGCCCAGACAAGAAGUGACCUGUGCAGGAAUUCAAACACCAAUGAAGCACACUUCUUCCUAUCAACACAUUUGCUACAAAGGGAGCAGAAUGGUUACCGUGGAAACCAGGGAGGCAGCAUGCGGCCACAAAACAUGGGUGUUAACAAUCCCAACCAUCAGAUGAACAUGGUCAUGAACCGAGGCUACAACAUGGCUGAACAGGGCAAUGUGCCACAGAGAGGAGUGCCUCCCUACUCAGGGCCCAACCGCAUGAACCAAAUGAAUCCCAUGCAUCAGAUGAAUCAAAUGAAUUCUAUGCAUCAGAUGAAUAACAUGGGUCAAAUGAAUCACAUCAAUCAAAUUAAUUCCAUGCAUCAGAUGAACUCAAUAAACCAAAUGGGGCACAUGAAUCAGAUGGGCCACCAUGGCAUGCAUCAUCAGCAGCAACAACAUCAACAGAUGGGUCAGUUCCAUGGUGCAGGGGGGCCUGGAGGCGGAGGAUAUGGUAUGGGAAUGACCAGUCCUCCCCAGGCCAGUCCAGGGAUUAAUGGCCCACCACACAACGUCAUAGGUUCACCCAGGGUCCGAAGAAGCCCCAAGACCAGUGCCAGCCCCUUCUCUCCCGGUGGUAUGAACUCUCCUAUCAGCUCCAGUCAUCCUGGUAAUUCAGGCAGUGGGGGAGGAGGUGCCACCUUCUCCAGCAGCUCAUUGAAUGCCCUCCAAGCCAUUAGUGAGGGAGUUGGAAAUCCAAUGUCCUCACCACUUACGUCUCCUCCACCCCACAAACCUGACAAUUCUCCAAGCAUCAAUUCCACCAACCAGACAUCAGGGGUAACCUGCAAGCCAGGCCUUCCAGCCUACUCUGACUCAAAAAGCCCUGGAAGUUCACUUGGGGCUGGAGGAGACCAUCUCUCCCAGCAGCACCCACACACACCCACAAGUGAAUGCCCUCCUGACAAGCCUGACAGCCAGGCCAGCAGAGAGGUUGGCUCAUCUGGGGGGGAACCCAAUCGCCGUGUCUCUGACAGCCAGUGUCACAAGAAGCUCCUGCAGCUUCUUACUUCCCCUACAGAUGAGCUGGUGCCACCUAAUCACACACCAGGCUCAGGACCCAGUUCCACACCUGAGUCUAAAGAUGGAACAGCAGGCGUCACCAGCCCUUCCUCCUCAACAGGAGUUUCAUCCUCUACGGGUGGGAAUCAGUGCACUGUGUCGUCAUCUGGUGGAUUGGGACAUUUAGCAAAUCAGUCUUUGCAGGAGAAGCACAAGAUCCUGCACAAACUCCUUCAGAAUGGAAACACCCCUGAUGAUGUGGCUCGCAUCACAGCUGAGGCUACAGGAAAGAGUGGCUUGGAUGCAGGGGCACCAGAGCCUGGGCCUGGAGCACCCGGAGGUGUUCAGUCAAAGCUGGAGCAGCACAGCCCUAAGAAGGAGAAACACCAUGUCCUCCUUCACUACCUCCUCAAUAAGGACGACUCAAAAGAAGGUGGUGACAUUAAACCAAAGCUGGAGGAGCUGGAGGGAAGAGGUGCUCAUGGGCCAGGGGUCAGCAGCUCUGACCCACACUGCAUGGACGGCAAGGUCAAGUUGGAGCCACCUGAUGAGACGGAGACCCUUGAAACUAUUCUCUCAAGAAACAACUCUAGUUUCUAUGCUGAACCAGACUCCAGAGUUGGGAAGGAAGUGGUGAAAAAAACAGGAAAUAUGCCUGAUAGUUUACACAAUGGCGAGAGAGGCCCAAUGCCUCCAUUGCAGCGUGCUGCCUAUCAAAGAGCCUUGUCAAUGGAUUCCAAGCCCAUUGGAGUUGAGGGGAUAGGAGGAGGUGGUCUGGCUAUGAGACGGAACGCCCCUUGCCCCACAUUGGUUAAACAGGAGAACAUGGAUGUUCCAAUCCGACCUGGGACCGUGCCAAAUGGUUUUCCUGGAUCCAUGGGUGUGUGUCCACCACGGGGAAAUUCAAUAAGAGCAAUGGGCAGAGGUAUGGGUAUGCCCCAGCGUCCACCCAUGUCAGGUCCUGCAGAGUGGGGAAUGCCAAGGUCCAACGCCAGCCCUUUGGGUGGACCAGGACACCCAGGCAUUAACCGAGCAGGUCCGCUGGGAGGACACAUGAUUAACCGUUCCAACAGUGUACCUGGGAACAGGUCUAUGCUGCAGCAGCAGCUCAUGGACAUAGGUACUGGCGAAGCCAAUAUGAGUAUGAGUCCAUUUGGUGGACAUGGGCACCCACCUCAGUCCCCCUCCUGGCCAGACUCCAUGGGAAUGGAGAGACCCCAAAGUAACACGAACAGGGACCAAUUCACACAACCUCUGGAAGAGCUGCUGGGGCCCUUGGUAAGCAACGAGGGUCAAAGUGAUGAGCGAGCCCUUUUGGACCAGCUGGACUCUCUGCUCAACACUGCUGACGUCAUUGCUCUGCAGGAAAUAGACAGAGCCCUGGGCAUCCCUGAAAUAGUAGGCCAGGCCCAAGGACCUGAAGGUCAUCAGCAGGGCCCGGAUCAAGGCCAAGGUCAUUGCCCGCCAUCAGAGCCUUUCCCAGGACCAGACUCUUCCAUAGGCAUGGAGCAAAAACCCAUGUAUGGCCAGGGCUACCCAGGACCCCCAGGCCCUCCCUCAGUGGCCAUGCAACCCGGUUAUGGUGGCAACGCAAUGCAAGGCCAGUCUCCCAGAGGUUUUAAUGCCAUGAUGAAUCAGAUGGGUCAAACAGGGGGCUUUCCUGGUAUGGCAGGCAUGGGGCCUAUGGGCAACCCUCGGGCAAACAUGAUGAGACCUCGCAUGGUGCCCAGUAAACCUCUUCGGCUGCAGCUACAACAGAGGCUGCAGGGCCAACAGUUUAUGAACCAGACUCGACAAGGCAUUAAAAUGGAAAAUACACCUGGAGGAAACCCUUCCCUGCGUCCAGGCAUGCAAGCCGGGAUACAACCGAACAUGCAACCUGGAAUGCAGCCAACAGGCAUGGGUGCUCAGCCCGGUUUCCUGAAUGCCCAGAUAGCUCAGCGCAACAGGGAAAUGAUGAUGAGGAGGCAGCGGAUGAUGAUGAUAAUGCAGCAGCAACAACAACAACAACAACAACAGCAGCAGCAGCAACAACAACAACAACAACAACAACAGCAGCAGCAGCAGGGGCCAGGUGGAGCCUUCAGUCCUCCUCCUAAUGUUACUGCACCAGGAAGCAUGGAAACCCCAAUGGGCGGCCCCCCCAUGAGUCAACCUGGACCGCAGAGCUUACACUAUGGAGGUAAUUAUGGUAUGAACCAGCAGGGGGACCCAUCAUUCAUGGCUCCAGUUAACAGCCCAACAGGAAACAUGAUGCAAGGACGAAUGGCAGGUCCUCCUCAAAAUACCAUGAUGCCAGGGAUGCAGGGAAAUUCCCAGGGAGGGCCCAUGUACUCAUCUGGAGAGAUGAAGGGCUGGCCACAGGGUGGCAUGCCACGCAACAACUCAUACCCCCAGCAACAGUUUGCCCAGCAAGGCAACCAAAGCCAGUUUGGACCCAUGAUGAUAAACAACUCUAUGGGUGGACAUGGACCAGUCAGUGGAGCCGGUGCAGGGCAGAUGGGCCAGAUGCCCGGACAAAUGCAGGGCCAGAUGCCAGGGCAGAUGCAAGGACAGAUGCAGGGCCAGAUGGGCAUGAACUCCAUGGUGAUGGGUAGAAUGCCAAUGGGACCUGAUCAGAAGUACUGUUGAGCCUGACAGAGUUUGGAGUGGUCUGGGCAAGGAUCUGCACACGCACGCAGACACAGUAGGUGUUUUCCUGCAAAGAAAACAUGCUGUUCAUCCUGAAUUGUGGGACAGGAACAAGUGCAGCAGUGUUUUUCUGUGUGUUCACAUAAAAAGACCUGGAGCUGUUUGGGCACAGCCCGGCUGCAGAAUGGGACAAUGGUACAACCGGCUGUGGCUGCACUUUAUCUGGAGGUUUUUGUGUGGAACAAAGAUUGAUGCAAUAUUUCCUCAUCAUUACAGCCUUACUAGAGAUUCAAUGCCUUCACAACAAUGGUUUUCUUUUUCUUUUCUAAUUUUUAUUCUUUGGAUGCGCCUCAUUCUUAAAGUCAUUGGAAGCUAUAAGCACAGUUUACUGUUAUGCAGAUUGGAGCAAUAACUCUUGCCUUUAUGCUUUAGACUGUAUCUGAGCAUCAUUACCCCUGUUAUGAGUAAACAAAAGGUACGGCAGUAUUAGAUUUCUGAAAUGCCAUUUGUGAAUAUCAAUUGUAAAUAUUUUACAAAAUAUAUGAAACAUGCUUUUAAAGGCCCAUUAUUGCACAAAGUGUGAGACCUGGUUGUAUUUUUUGUGUCCCAGAGGUCAUUACCAAUUUGGUUGAUUCGCCUUUGUUCUGCCUUUGCAAAUAUUGCAGGCAUGUUUUAAGUUUCCUCCUUUGUCAUUUUCAGAAUGCUCUAUUUUUAUUUCCCAAAAAGUCAUGUAUUUUAUGUUUUAGCGAGGCACUUUUUACUUGUGACAAGGAUCUGACGAGUUCAAGGUUUGAGCUUUUAAUGCGCUCAGUUUUUAUUUUAUUAAAGGUGGUGGAAAUAAUUUCUCUUCAGGGCAGGAGAUGACAACGCAACUUGUAUUGGAUUCUAUGUUUACCUGCCUGCAGUAAAAAUGAAGACAGGAAGACCAUCCGUGGUUUAGGCCUGGAUCUUUGCCCCCCAUUUCUCUCUGCUGAGUGUGUUUUCAUUCACUCCUCCUCCUUUUGACUGUUAUUCUCAACUUGCUGAAUCUACCUUUCCAACAUGCACAAUCCAAAGAUAUUUUUCCACAUCUCUGUAUAGUUUCUGAUGAUUUGUGACGAUGUGUAAAUUUUUUAUGGCAUGUUAUAUUCUUCUGGUGGUAAAUGGGUACAUAUCAUGGAAAUAAAAUAACACGAGAUGGUUAUGUACUGUAGGCGUGAUAAGGCAGUGGCCUCCAUCUGUGUCAGCGUGGGAUGUUAUUAGUGCAGCGAGAAGAGGACUGGAAACCGUCGAUUACACAGCAGAACAUUUUUAAAUCCACAAAAACAAAGUCAAAGCAUGUGUUGCUGUGAAAGAGUGUUACCAAUGGAAGGAAAUCCACUUCAAGACAUAUCAAUAUCUCUCCUACUUUUUAGGAAAAGACUUUGUUUUGUGCAGGUUUGUCACUUCAGGAGAAACGAACAUUUUAGUUUGAAGUGCAAAAGGUCAUUUGGUUUGUUUUUCUUCAGAGGAAUGUUAAGCUGUCAUUUUACAUGAUGUAUAUUACAGAUGGUUUUUUCUGUCGAUGUUCAUAUUGAUGUAAAUACAAAUUUCUAUUUAAGCA